UUUUCAGUUACAGGUAUACAAUUUGUAAACACGUACGAAGGUAAAUGGACUAAUUGAUAAAUGGAAAUUGUGACUUUUGUAAUUCAUAUCUGAGAAAAUGUUAUCCGAGAUUGUUUGUUAUUUGGUUAACAUCAAUUAAAAACUUAUACAACCUAAUUCAACAUGAAUAGUCGUUCUCAUAGAGAAUUGGAUAUUACAAAAAGGACAUAAUUUGAGAAAAUGUCUGACAAUCACCGUGUGUCUGAGGCCCUGUACGUGGGUCUGUAUGGUUAUAUAGGGACACCGACAGAAGUGACCGCCAGGAGGGAGGUGGUGGACAUGGAGGAGAUGAUAAAGAAACCUCUACAUAUACAUCAAGGUUAUAGAAUAAUGAAGAGUGGUAGUCAUAGGGAAGGUUUCAGGUUUAAAUCUUCUGACAAAGACACGAUGAUCUGGUAUACCAAUCAUAAAGUGAUAACCGACUUAUCUCAGUCCAGUGUUUAUGAUCUGUCAAAACAUUCCAUCAUUCUCAUGGAGGACACUGAAACACCACCGGGGUUUGUCAGACUACAGCUUAUGACGCCACCACUAGAUAGAAACAUAGCAUCAUCUGUUAUUCCGUUCAAUGACGGGAUGUACAUAUCAAAUGUAAAGUGGAGACAAAUCAUACUUACAAAGAUAAGUGGAAAUAAAACGUUCACGAAUUUAAAAACUCAUGGUCCUUGUGCAAACGGGUUCGUUGGUAAUGUAGAAGCUGACUAUGCUCUUUGUUUGCAUUGUUCCUACUGGCCACGGUUAUCUUAUUAUUGGAAACAAAGAUGUACCCUACAUAACUGGCCCCAAAACCACGUUUUUUAUGACAUUCUGAGUAAUGGUUGUCACUUUGUGCCUGUCGGAAUUAAAACUGCAGCCGAUGGAAAUGAACUUGACUGGAGAUUAUCCUUUUCUCAGGCAGAACAAAAACUGGUCUAUUCCAUGAACCAUACCCAAUUUUUGUGCUAUGGCCUUUUAAAAAUAUUUUUAAUGGAAGUCGUCAAUCGCGAUAUAGAAGAACCAUUCCUGUGUUCAUAUUUUGCAAAAACUACUUUGUUCUGGCUGAUACAAAUAGGAAAUAUUACAUGGUGUCCAAAUAACUUACUGGAUUGUUUCUGGAAAUGUUUCAAAUGUCUAUAUCAUUGCGUUCAUCGAGGCGUGCUUCCUAAUUUUUUCAUUCAACAAAAUAAUAUGUUUGCCGGGAAGUUGUCCACAGUUAAAGGUACAGGCGCACGGAAGUGUCUGUUAGAACAACUGAACGGGUAUUAUGAAAUGGGCGUGACCUGUUUGCUACAAAGUCCGACGGUCAAAACAAUGAUUGAAAAACUUAUUUGUAACAGCCUUUACAGAAUAGAGCCAUUUUGGGGCCAUGUAAUGAGUAUUGCUGAUACAGAAUUUGGUAUCAAAAGCGAAAUCGAUAUUAUAAGUUUUUCAGAAAAAGAAAUAUGGAAAAAUUAUCUUAUUCUGAGGGUUAUAAUAAUUUUGUCAAAUCAAUCAAUUACAGAAUACCAGACAUUAACAUUACAGCAAUGUACAUCAGAUGUUUUAGUUCAAACAGCAUUUCUAAAUCACAAUAGUUUAACAGAAAGUACAAAUAAGGCAGUAUACAGAUCAGACAGACUGAGUAAAAACUUGUUGAAGCUGGCAGGUAGAGUGGGUGAUGUGUCUUGUAUGUUGUAUCUUGCUCUGUAUUACUACAGAACAUGCAGAUAUAGAGAGGCGCUUCAUGUUACAGCUCUGGUUAAAUCAAGACUCACACAGCCCUAUAUCAUGUAUAACACAGUAGAUCGAGAAAGGUACAAUGAAUGUGUGGCUGGUUGGUCCCUGUCUAAACGGAUGAAGAAAGCUUGGUUAGAUAGUGUACAUCUUGAUUGUGAUAUUUACUUUAUACAGGAGCUGGAUUUAGAACAGAAAUUAAGUAAAGAAAAUGGUAACCCAGCCUUGUAUAUUUCACCCUAUGUAGGAACAGACAUGAUAAGUAUGUUGUGUAACCACAGACUAGGUAACCUGUCCCAGUGUCUACAGUCACUGACAGACCUACAGACACUGCUGCUCUAUGAUGACGGGAGUUACGUACCUUUAUAUCUCAGAGACCUCUCGUGGCAGAUACUGGGAAUCUGUCAGCACGUUGUGGGGGAUCUACACGGGGCGUUACAGUCUUAUCAACAGUCAUUGAGACAGAAACUAUUCCACAAAAUACAGAACGCCUCAAAAUACAGAAUAGCCUUCAUUCUUAAUCGAUUCAAUGAAAGAAAUUAGUUGCAACUUUCUAAUCCAUAUAAUCAAUUGUUUUAAACUUACUGCUAUCAUCUUUAGAAUAUGCAAUGUAACAUAUCCUCUGAAAAUAAUAUUUACAAUUGGCAAGGUAAUUUUUGGUAUAUAUGCAUAAUAUUAAAAAAUAUAUAAUUGUAUAACCUCUCGUGGCAGAUACUUGGGAUCUGUCGGCACGUUGUCGGGGAUCUACACGGAGCGUUACAGUCUUAUCAACAGGCACUGAGACAGGAACCAUUCCACAAAAAACAGAACGCCAUAAGCUACAGAAGUGCACUAGUUUUGAAUCAAUAAAAUCAGGGGAACAUCGAUACGAAUUAUUGAGUUGCAUUCAUUAUGGUAAAUCAUGAAUUGCAUAAUAAUACAUGUGCUGUUAAUUGACAUAUCAGGAAAAAUAUUUUUGAUUCAUCAAAUUGUAAGUUGUUACCAAUUUUCUGAGUAAAGGUAUUGACUUAACAGAAAUACAGUUGGUAUGACUUGACUGUAAAUGAAAAUAGAGUGACGGAAAUGACAAUUUGCUUUUUGUUUUUACAUGUUAACCAACCCCCUCUAUUCCCCGAGUAUUCAGAUUUUCAUCAAAGUAUCCUUUUAUGACAUAUUUGUAAACUAAUGUGUGCAUUCAAUGCACAGUUAAGCAUUGAAUCCGUAUUCUUUAAAAGAUAUGGUCUCAUAACUGCAACGGAGUGUGCAUCCAAAUUGAAUAACGCGCGUAUGCAUUAUGAAAAGUUGUUCGAUUUAUUCUAGACUAAUAUGCAUGUGUACACUGAAUUGAUUUAUUAUCAUGUUUGUAUUUAUUGUACCAUUCAUUACAAUAUUUUGUGAUUUAAAUACUUGCAAAUUGUGCAUUUUUAUUUCUUUAACAUCAUGUA